AUGCCGCAACCAUCUGUCGCAGAUCAUCCGCCGUACACGCACGCCGAGCCCCAAUCUGCCGUGUCCGCGUAUAUUGACGAGAGAUUCAACAUGUCCGACGACGCCUACAAUAACCGCCCUCCCCGUCUGAGCGCGACCUUCAUUCCAGGACAAGACGAUGAUUUCUUUGCCCCGGAGAUAGUUUCGCCAGCGCCGCAACGAGUAAUGCCCGAAGUUCCCUCUAAUAUGCAGGAACAACUUUCUCACUUGGAGCUCGAGGCGCGAAACCCCACAGUAGAUCGAAUGAAUUCUGUAUCCUCUACAUACUCCGAGCUCCCGCAGAGACCCCGCGAAUCAUAUAAUGAGCCUCCCCCGCCGCCUCCAAAGGGCCCUGCUUUUACCGCGAGCUAUGAUCAUACAAACGCCUCCGCAUAUCAAAACAUAAACAGCGACUAUAAGCAACUUCCGGGAGUGCGUCCUGGACCAGACUCCCCCAAGUUUUCUCCAUUUCCCAAACCACGAAAGGCAGGGCCAAAUGUACCCCUCUCAGACGAAGAGAAGGAGGAAGUGCUCGACAGAGCAAGAGCACUCGUUCUCCAAUCCUCAGACCCAGAAAUACAAUUAGCAUGGGCACAGGACGUUCUAUCGUGGGUGGAAGUAGCAAGCCAGCAUGCCGCCCGGUUACAAACGGAAGGGGAACCUCCAAGACCCAUCACCCCGAAAACCGAGCAUGACCUGAGAGUGGACGCUCUUAGUAUCGUCAACUUUCUUGCAGAGCAGCGCCAUCCAAAGGCGGAGUUUAUGAAGAGCAUGUGGUUGGAGUUCGGGAAGUUCGGCUAUCGCGUGGACAAGAAGGAGGCUUUCCUGGGGUACAAGAGAGCCGCGGAGAGGGGAUAUGCCCGGGCAGAAUACCGGAUGGGUAUGCAAUUCGAGAGCUCGAACAACUCGGCAAAAGCUAUCGAGCACUACAAGAAGGGUGUAUCCAUGGGAGACUCGGCGGCACAUUACAGAUUAGGCAUGAUGACAUUAUUGGGACAACAUGGCAUGCCACAAAACUACCAGCAGGGGAUAGAUCUUAUACGGUUUUCUGCGGAUACAGCAGAUGAGAAUGCCCCCCAAGGAGCCUACGUUUAUGGGAUGCUUCUUGCGGGAGAAUUGCCAAAUAUAACGGUUCCGGAGCAGUUCCUACCCUUUGAUUUGAAUGACGCCAAACUUUUUAUCGAAAAAGCCGCAUAUCUUGGGUUCGCAAAAGCGCAACUUAAAAUGGGACAGGCGUAUGAGCUGUGCCAAUUAGGCUGCGAAUUUGAGCCCACUCUUUCGUUGCAUUAUAAUGCUCUGGCAGCCCGCCAAGGAGAAGCCGAGGCCGAUAUGGCCAUUAGCAAGUGGUUUCUGUGUGGCUACGAGGGAAUUUUCGACAAGAAUGAGGAGUUAGCCUUCACAUAUGCUCAGCGAGCUGCCCAAACCAAGAUGGCAACGGCUGAAUUUGCCAUGGGCUAUUUCUACGAGAUCGGCAUGUAUGUGCCCGUAGAUCUGCGUGAAUCGGCUGCUUGGUACGAAAAGGCAGCAGAGCACGGGAACAAGGAUGCUCUUGGAAGAAUUGGCAGUAUCAGAAGGAACCGGACUUUAUCAAAGAAAGACCAUGAGCAAGUUGCCAUAUCACGGAUCAAAUCGCAGCAUGGCUCCCAGCGUGGAAACAGACCCGAUCGGUUCAAAAAGCUCCAAGAGCCCAUGCCUCAAAUUGUGGACGAGUACGCAGACGAGUUUGAGGAUGACUCCGCGGAUAGAACAGACAUGCCAGACCCAGGUAAGUCUUAUGAUGGAGUUGGGCAAUUACGACCCGAAAGAAAAGGUCUUCCUCCACGACCAGUGUCCGCCGCACCGUACCCGGAAAGCGACCUUCCUCCCAUAGUACGACCAAAAUCUGCCGCGCCAUAUCCAGAAGAUGACGUUGCGUUCGGCCAUCCUCCUGGCUCCUUCCAGGGUCAAGGCCUACGGCCUCAAUCUGGCCCACAUUCCGAUAGACCUAUGUCUGCGUUUGGUAUAAAGGUACCAGUCCAUGCCAAUACGCUUGACAUGGGCGCCAGGCCUCACGACUCGUCACGAGCUUCGGGAGGAGGCUGGGAACCAGAAGUGCCUUCAAAAUACCGACAGCCCACCACGCCUAGUCAACCAGGAUUUCUCCCGCCACUUGAUGUAGGUCAACCUCUCAAUCUCGAUCACCCAGGUUGCGGCCCAACCAAGCUUCAGAAGCUGCCUCCAAUGAACCCAAACAAACCUCAACCUCUACAACCUCAAGGGUAUGGUCCAGACUCGUCCAGACAUUCGAUGCCUCAGCAAGGAUAUAAUAAUCGGCCUGCCGACCCCGCUGUCCAGAGACGAGAUCCAUCAGCCAAUAGCGUCCAGCGCCCUCCUAGGGGAAGUUCCAUGAUGGGCCCCUCCCCAAUGGUCUCCUCCCCAAUGGUAAGCCCUCAGCAUCCACCACGACAUGAUUCAAUGGCGCCAAACCCAAGCCGUGCCCCCCAGCGACCGAUUCCUGCGCAUACAAUGUCAUCACAAUCGGCGCCGCACCCAGCCCAUGAUUCUAGAGCUUCUUCGGCAGCUGCAUCGGUGAGUUCGGCGCCCCCGGGACCACCAAAGAAGCCUGCUAGGGCCGGUCCUGCAACAUUUGAGGAAAUGGGUAUUCCUGCUGGGAAGAAAGAAGACGAAUGUACCGUUAUGUAA